UAGUACAUAUAUACAGUGUUGUAGUACAUAUAUACAGUGUUGUAGUACAUAUAUACAGUGUUGUAGUACAUAUAUACAGUGUUGUAGUAUGUAUAUUAGUCUUCUAACACACACAAAAAAAUCAUAGUAGUCUUUAAAGAUGAAAAUAAACUUUAUUAGUGCUCAUUGGUAGAAAAAGUUUACCAAAAAGACUAAAUCUUGAAAUACACUUGAGAGUACAUAAAAAAGAUUAACUAUACCAAUGUUGAAUGACUAAAAUAUUUUAAAAUGAAGUAACUUCUUUUGAAAAAUAUGCAGAAACAUAAACCAUUUCAGUGUUCAGAGUGUCAGAAAUGUUUUACUGUGAAAAGCAGUCUUGUGAGACAUAUGCGAAUACAUACAGGACAUAAACCAUUUCAGUGUUCAGAAUGUCUGAAAUGUUUUACUGUAAAAAGCAGUCUUGUGACACAUAUGCAAAUACAUACAGGACAUAAACCAUUUCAUUGUUCAGAAUGUCUGAAAUGUUUUAUUGUAAAAAGUCAUCUUGUGAAACACACACGUGGACAUACAGGAGAUAAACCAUUUUGGUGUUCAGAGUGUCAGAAAUGUUUUACUGUAAAAAGCAGUCUUGUGAAACAUAUGCGAAUACAUACAGGACAUAAACCAUUUCAGUGUUCAGAAUGUCUUAAAUGUUUUACUGAAAAAGGCAAGCUUGUGUCACAUAUGCGAAUACAUACAGGAGAUAAACCAUUUCAGUGUUUAGAAUGUCUGAAAUGUUUUACUGAAAAAGGCAGCCUUGUGAAACAUAUGCGAAUACAUACAGGAGAUAAGCCGUUUCAGUGUUCAGAGUGUCUCAGAUGUUUUAGUCGAAAAAACAGUCUUGUGAGACAUAUGCGAGUACAUACAGGAAAUAAAUCAUUUCAAUGUUCAGAAUGUCUGAAAUGUUUUACUGAAAAAGGCAAGCUUGUGUCACAUAUGCGAAUACAUACAGGAGAUAAGCCGUUUCAGUGUUCAGAGUGUCUCAGAUGUUUUAGUCGAAAAAACAGUCUUGUGAGACAUAUGCGAGUACAUACAGGAAAUAAAUCAUUUCAAUGUUCAGAAUGUCUGAAAUGUUUUACUGAAAAAGGCUAUCUUGUGUCACAUAUGCUAAUACAUACAGGAGAUAAGCCGUUUCAGUGUUCAGAGUGUCUCAGAUGUUUUAGUCGAAAACAAAGUCUUGUGAGACAUAUGCGAGUACAUACAGGAGAUAAACCAUUUCAGUGUUCAGAAUGUCUGAAAUGUUUUACUCAAAAAAGCACUCUUGUGAAACAUACGCAAGUACAUACAGGAGAUAAACCAUUUCAGUGUUCAGAAUGUCUGAAAUGUUUUUCUCAAAAAAGCCAUCUUCUGACACAUGUGCGAAUACAUGCAGCAGUUAAACCUUUUCAGUGUUCAGAGCGUCUGAAAUGUUUUACUCUCAAAGGCCAUCUUGUUUCACAUAUGCGAGUACAUACAGGAGAAAAACCAUUUCAGUGCUCAGAAUGUCUGAAAUGUUUUUCUGAAAAAGGACAUCUUGUGAGACAUAUGCGAAUACAUACAAGAGAUACAGUGGAACCUCGGUACAAAAAUCUAGGUGCCCAACAUGGCAUUGUGGGAACGCCGCCUCAGUGUGCCUCCUGGCCUCCUGGCAAGGCAGCUCUCACUCCGAGGCAAAUUGGGGCUCUCCUCUUCCUAACUGAUAGUUCUGGCAUCGAUAGAAGUGGAUCUGAAGAGGAAUUCUAUUGUUUUGAUCAAUUUGUGACCCAAAGCAAUGCUCAUGAUAUUGAAAAUAGUGCCGAAAAUCUUGACGACCCUCAACCUUCCACCUUGGGUGUUGGUGUGUCUCAGUCACGUUCAGCUGUACCUUAUUGCAAGAGAAAACUAAUGUUUUCGCAUGGCCAGGCCUCAGGCAUGA